AUGGCUAACCCCAUCGUCCGCUUCCUGUCGCGCAUUUUCAGGAGCAACGAUUUGGUGAUAUUAAAUGGGCUGGUUGCUCUAGGCACCACAGGUGGCCAGGAGGUCUUCUCCUUGUUGGCCUUCCAGUGCCCUUGCGCACCAGUUCAGAAUUUCUGGUACGGGCUGAUGGCCACCUUGGGGCCCGCCUUGUUGCUCUUCUUCAUCAGCAUCAUCCUCAACAACCAAACCAGGAACCUGGUGGACGGCGAGUUUGUGGACCCGUCCUCGCUCACGGCUGAGAAAGAGAGCUUCCCUCUCUCCCACGCCACGCAGAUCCUGGCCAGGUUCCCUUGCGGGGAGAGCCCUGACAACCUGUCUGGGUUCCGGGAGGAGGUGAGCCGCAGGCUCAAGUUUGAGUCUCAGUUUUUUGGGUGGCUGCUCAUCUGCACAGUGGCCGUGGUGGUGUUCCUGGUUAAGUGUCUCAAGGCCUGCUGCCUGAAGCUCGGCUACCAACAGGAGGCCUACAGGGCCCGCUACCUCGCCAACGAAAAGCAGCUCUUCCGACUCACGGCCGAGGCGCACUCGCUCACGCUGGCAGCCAAUAACGUGAAGCAGUUCUUCGGCUUCAUGGAGCUCAACAAGAGGAACGAGGGACUGAUGGACAAGAACCCCCAGCAAGGCACACAGCGGAGUCUACCUUGGGACAAAAUCACUGACAGCUCCAAGUAUCAGGAGAAGCCUGAAAUCCCCCCCUACAGCCGCCUGCACAAGUGGGCCAUCGAGCAGUCUGGCAUCAACCCAGAGUUCAAUAUGACCCCACUUCUCUAUCCUCAGCCCCAUGGUGCUGCCAGCCCAACCUCCGACCAUUGA